AUGGCCUUGGACGACGACGGCAACGAGGCCGGUGCUGGUGCCGCUGCCGCCUCAGGCUCGGGUGAGAGUGAGACAGAGGACGACGAGGGGGCGGCGGCGUCGGCAGCGGCGGCGGCAGGAGUGGCAUACCCGCUGCACAGACGUCCUGUUGCGGACGACCGUCUUGAGAUCCAUGGGCCGGGAAUUCUGGUGAUGUGGAAGAGGAAGGGGAGCGCAGGGGGCGCGGCGGCGGCGGCGGCGGCGGCGGCGGAUGAUGGUUUGAUGACCAAGGAGAUGGAAAGGAAAGGGGACUUUUAA